AAAUUGAGGUUUUUUUUUUUCUUGCCAAGAUUUUGGAGACUGUUCAAUGUACUGUACAUUUGAUAUAAGAUGAGAACUUUAUAAUAUAUUCUGUCCAAGAUCGUAAACGAUGACUACCCCAGCCCUGCUGCCCUUAUCUGGACGAAGGAUACCACCUCUGAACCUGGGGCCACCUUCUUUCCCACAUCACAGGGCUACCUUGAGACUUUCCGAGAAGUUUAUCCUUCUUCUUAUUCUAAGUGCCUUCAUCACCCUGUGUUUUGGGGCAUUUUUCUUCCUUCCAGACUCUUCAAAACACAAACGCUUUGACCUGGGUUUAGAAGAUGUGUUAAUUCCUCAUGUUGAUGCCAUCAAAGGGGCUAAAAACCCUGGAGUCUUCCUGAUCCAUGGACCUGAUGAACAUAGACACAGGGAAGAAGAGGAACGUUUGAGAAAUAAAAUUCGAGCAGAUCACGAGAAGGCCUUGGAAGAAGCAAAAGAAAAAUUAAAAAAGUCGAGAGAGGAAAUUCGAGCAGAAAUUCAGACAGAGAAAAAUAAGGUAGUCCAAGAGAUGAAGGCAAAAGAGAAGAAGCCACUGCCACCAGUCCCUGUACCAAAUCUAAUAGGAAUAAAUGGUGGAGACCCAGAAGAUAAUGACAUAAGAAAGAAAAGGGAAAAAAUUAAAGAGAUGAUGAAACAUGCCUGGGAUAAUUUAAACAGACCUUAUAUGAAGGGCGUGUUAUUAAUGAGUUUUCUCUCUACCCCAAAUACAGGAAGUUCGCAAAUGGGUGCUACCAUAGUAGAUGCUUUGGAUACCCUUUAUAUCAUGGGACUUCAUGAUGAGUUCCGAGAUGGGCAAAAAUGGAUUGAAGACAACCUUGAUUUCAGUGUGAAUUCAGAGGUGUCUGUGUUUGAAGUCAACAUUCGAUUUAUUGGAGGCCUGCUUGCCGCUUAUUACCUUUCAGGAGAAGAGAUAUUCAAGAUUAAAGCAGUUCAACUGGCUGAGAAACUCCUUCCUGCCUUCAACACGCCUACUGGGAUUCCUUGGGCAAUGGUGAAUCUGAAAAGUGGAGUAGGGCGAAACUGGGGCUGGGCAUCUGCGGGUAGCAGCAUUCUUGCUGAAUUUGGUACACUGCACAUGGAGUUUGUCCACCUCAGCUACUUGACAGGGGACCCAGUUUACUACAAAAAGGUAAUGCACAUUCGGAAACUACUUCAGAAGAUGGAUCGUCCGAAUGGUCUUUAUCCAAAUUAUUUGAACCCAAGAACAGGUCGCUGGGGUCAAUAUCACACAUCAGUUGGUGGGCUGGGAGACAGUUUUUAUGAAUACCUACUAAAAGCAUGGUUGAUGUCAGAUAAAACGGACCACGAGGCAAGAAAAAUGUAUGAUGAUGCUAUUGAGGCUAUAGAGAAACAUCUUAUUAAGAAGUCCCGAGGAGGUCUCACCUUUAUUGGAGAAUGGAAAAACGGGCACUUGGAAAAGAAGAUGGGGCAUUUGGCCUGUUUUGCUGGGGGAAUGUUUGCACUGGGAGCAGAUGGUUCCAGAAUGGAUAAAGCUGGUCAUUAUUUAGAGCUAGGGGCAGAAAUUGCACGUACAUGUCAUGAGUCAUAUGACAGAACUGCAUUAAAGCUGGGUCCUGAAUCAUUCAAGUUUGACGGUGCAGUAGAGGCUGUGGCAGUCCGGCAGGCUGAAAAGUAUUACAUCCUCCGUCCAGAAGUAAUUGAAACCUAUUGGUACCUAUGGCGAUUCACUCACGAUCCAAGAUAUAGGCAGUGGGGAUGGGAAGCAGCACUGGCUAUUGAAAAGUAUUGCCGAGUCAGUGGUGGUUUUUCUGGGGUGAAGGAUGUGUAUUCUUCUACUCCCACACAUGAUGAUGUACAGCAGAGUUUCUUUCUUGCUGAGACAUUAAAAUACUUGUAUCUGCUGUUCUCCAAUGAUGACCUUUUACCUUUAGACCACUGGGUAUUCAAUACAGAGGCUCAUCCUCUGCCUGUGUUACAUUUAGCCAACACCACACUUUCAGGAAAUCCUGCUGUUCGAUGAAAGCAGCUCCAGAAAGACCAUUCUCACCUGUGUUUUGUUUACAUGGACCACUACAGAAAUUAGUCUGGAGAGGGGGCUUUGGGAAACCUGGACCUCGUAAGUCACCAUGGCAGGGUGAAACAUGACUGUGCCCCACAGGACUUUUCAACUUGUAGAUAUCUCAACUUUGAAAUGAUUCCAUUUUAUACCUGACCAAAACAUAUUCUGGUAUGUGUAAGACAAAGACCUGGUCUGCUUGGAUUCGUAAAGAGAUGGUCACAAGGGAAAUUUUGCCUGUUACUACUAUAUUGUUUUAGAGUCCUGGAGUCUGGAGUCUGGACUGCCUAAGAAUAAGCCAAGAAUGUGGAGCACCUUGUGGGAGUGAGAAAUGGCCUUGGGAACCAAUUCUAAAUGUGUUCCUUCCAAAGCGGAGCAGCUUUCAAAUCAAAUCUUUACUUACCGGUUCUCCCCCUUUUCUCCAUUUUUAAUAAUGGAAGGAACUAGAACAGACUAAGAACGGUGGAACUGCAUCGAGAGCAAUGAAGACUGGAAAAAGAAACCCGAGUAUCUGUCCCUGUUUCAGUUUUCAAGUUCCCCAUUGGACGACCAGACUGGCAACCAUUUCAGAUCCCAGUGUAUCCCAUUGAAAUUUCUUGGUUAAAUUUAAUUUUCUCUGGGGGCACGAUCUCACAAAGAAUACUCUUCAAGUCUU